CUAAGGAGAGAAAGAUAGGGUUGGGUUUUUUGGGGGGGGGGGGGCGGGUGGCGGGAGGUGGAGGGAGGCGGGCUGCGGGAGGGGGGAGGGAAAGGGAAGGGGACGCUGUUUUCCCCGUAGCUCUCUUCCGGUGGGCGCUGCGUGCCCGGAAGUCUCUCUUCUGGCUGAGAGAUCGGGUUCGCGCGAAGUCCGGGUAACCUGGGACUCGCCUGACGGUGGCAGAUGCCAUGGGUGGGAAGAACAAGCAGCGGACGAAGGGAAAUGUGAGGCCCUCAAACAGUGGCCGUGCUGCAGAACUCCUUGCAAAAGAACGUGGAACAGUACCUGGAUUUAUUGGUUUUGGGACAUCUCAGAGUGACUUAGGCUAUGUUCCUGCUGUACAAGGAGCAGAAGAAAUAGAUAGCCUGGUAGAUUCUGAUUUCCGGGUGGUCCUACGAAAACUUUCCAAGAAAGAUGUCACAACAAAAUUGAAAGCUAUGCAAGAAUUUGGGACAAUGUGUGAUCAAAGAGAGGCAGAGGUUGUUAAAGGUGUGCUUCCAUAUUGGCCAAGAAUUUAUUGCAAAAUUUCUCUUGAUUAUGAUCGUCGUGUUCGAGAAGCCACGCAAAUAGCUUUUGAAAGACUUAUCCUAAAAGUAAAGAAACAUUUGGCACCUCAUUUAAAAAGUCUUAUGGGAUAUUGGCUAAUAGCCCAAUGUGACUCUUAUGCCCCAGCUGCAACUGCGGCAAAACAAGCAUUUGAAGCAGCUUUCCCUCCAAGCAAGCAGUCUGAAGCAUUAGUGUUUUGUAAAGAUGAAAUUAUUAAUGUGCUACAGGAUCAUCUUCUAAAAGAAACACCAGAUACACUUAGUGACCCACAAACUGUUCCAGAAGAAGAAAGAGAAGCCAAAUAUUUUAGAAUUUUAACUUCUUCCCUGUUGGCUUUAAAGAAAUUGCUUUGCAUGAUGCCUGCUAGUGAGAUGGACUCUGUAGAGGAGAAACUUAAACCUCUUCUAGCACACAGCAAAUUUUGGAAGUAUGGAAAGCAUCAUUCACCCCAGGUCCGUUCAGCUUUUUUUGAGUUAGUUUCUGCCCUUUGCCAGUAUAUUCCUAAGUCUAUGAAAGCUGAAUCAUCCAGAGUUUCUCCUGCAGUUCUUGCCAACAUUGAUGAAAUUGAUCCAGUGGUUUGUCCAUCUCUUUGGGAAGCUGUGCUUUAUAUCCUUACGACUAUUGAGGACUGUUGGAAUCAUGUAAAUGCAAGUAAAAAUGUGUUUCCCAAGCUAUCAACUAUGCUUAGUGAAGGAGGAAGAGGCCUAGCUACAGUCAUAUAUCCUUAUCUCUUGCCUUUUAUUAGCAAGAUCCCUCAUUUUUCAACAGACUUAAACUUGGAAUUCUUCAGAGAUUUUUUUACUUAUAUAACUCAAGGAUUAUCAACAGAACGAAUCCUAACCAGCCAUUCAGACUGCUCAGCAUUAAUAUCUGCAUUUUUUGAAUGUUUACGGUUUAUAAUGCAACAAAAUUUAGGUGUAAAAGAAGAAUCAGUAAAAAUGCAGAAGAUGCUUAUCAAUGAUCAGUUGAUCCCUUUUGUUGAUACAGCGCUAAAUGACCCAAGACUGCAGAAUGAACAACUCUAUGAUCAGUUAGCAGAAACACUAAAUUCCUGGGAAAAUAAAGCAGAGACCCAUGGAGAUGAUAGAGUAGUCGAUACCUUGAAGAAUGUGCUGAAAACUUUCUGGGCAAAUCUAUCAGAUAUUUGUCUUCAGAAAAUUGCUUCACAAGAAGCUGAUGAGAAAUCACUCUUGGGUCUAGCUAGCUUAUUACAAGUUCUUCAGAAGGCAGAAAACUCAGGGAAACAAAACCAAAAAAAAGUUCCCAAGGCCCGAAUUAUAGAUGGGGCGCCAGAAAGUAGCACAGAGAACAGAAAAGAGAUCUCUUCAGAAGAGGAGAAUGCUGAAGAGCUUGAUCCCAGUUGGGAUCAGAAGUUUCCAGUUCAUAUCUCUCAACUAAGGAAUGGACCUCUGUAUGACUUGGUUUGUAAUCUUGCCGGAAGGAGUGUUGCACACAUCAGUGGAAUGAAGUCGAGGAAGCAUUUAAGCUUUCUUUCUUCUCUUCUGAACUCCUUUGCUUCAAGUGAAGUAUUCAAAGUGAUGUUGGAAUUACAAAACGAAAAAUGUAACAUCGAUGUCAAUACUGUACCUCAAGAACUAGUAAGAAGUGUCCGUGAAAACCCUGCAGUACGAUUUAUGUAUGAAAAACUAAUAAAUUGGCUCAGUGAAGACAAGAAGCAAAAUACUGAUUUUCUGGUUGAUAUUUUAUACAGCAUCCUCUAUUGCUGUGAAAGUAAUUCAGAAAGAAAAACUAUACUGGAUGAUUUAACAAAGUUGGAUCUGAAAUGGAAUAUUAUUCUUCGGAUUAUACAAAAGGCAUGCUCAGGUUCUGAUAAACACUUGUUAGUAUCUACUUGGCUAAAGGGAGAUAUUCUAGGAGAGAAAUUGGCAACUUUGGCUGAUCAUUUGUGUAAUAAGGACUUGGAAGUGGAAGACUCUUCAGAAUCCUUUACCUCAGAAAGAUGGACCCUUUUAAGUUUGGUAUUGUCUCAGCAUGUUAAAAAUGAUUACUUGAUUGGAGAAGCGUAUGUUGAAAGAAUUAUCAGUAAACUUAAUGUAGCUCUGUCCAAAGCAAAGACUACUUCAGAAGCUGGAAAUACUGAGCCGUCAGUAUCUUUCAUCUGUGAUGUGGCCUCUAACUUUUUCAUCUCUGUGAAAGGGUGUUGGUUAAUGCCAUCAUCGGAAGAGUUGUUAUUAACCGUCUUUCAGUUGUGUGCUCAGAACCAGGAUAUUUCACACUUAUCAGACUCUCUUGUCAGUAAACUGAAGUGCACUUGGCUAUGUGGCUUACAUUCACUAGUUCAUCAGUUUGGAAAUGCAAAUACACAGAGCACUUUCUUGCACUCAUCUGCCCUUUGGCUCAAGAACCAAAUUCAGUCUACAUCCUUGGAUGUCAAAAGUCUUCAAGUGAUGAUGUCCACUGUGGAUGACAUACUAACUAGCCUUCUGGAAGCACAUAAUGCACUUCUUCUGCUGAGACUUUUUGUUGAAAAUAUAAUGCCAAGUGAUAGUGAAUGGGAAAAUAUGAGGCAUUCUCUUUCAACACAGUGGUUGCAUAAACCUCUUUUGGAAGGAAGAUUGAGUUUGAACUAUGAGUACUCUAGAACAGAUUUCAAAGAAUACACUACACUGCAGCUUCCAAGCCAUUUGUGUACUACAGCAUUAUUAAGCAAAGUAGUCUUGUUGACUCUGAAGGAGGAAAUAAUUCUUGAACAGAAUAAAACUGAAAAAAUAAUUGCAGAAUUGUUUUAUUCAUUGCAAUGGUGUGAAGAAUUAGAAAAUCCAUAUAACAUGCUAAUUGAAUUUUGUGAGAUGCUUCAAGGAAUGGGUAUAACUUAUGAUAAUUUAAGUGUUCUUUGCAACUUAUCUGGACUGCUUGAGCUGAUAUUUAUCAGAUCCCGGGACACUGGAACACUUUGGUCUCUAACUAUUUCUAAAUUGAUGCAUUCUAAGAACAUUUUGCCUGAUGAAGUUAAACAACUGUAUAAGACAACAGAAGGGUUUUUUCCAGUAACAGAAGGUAGUUUGCAUACUGUUCAGUGUCUCUGUCCAUUUUUGCCUUUAGAAGAUAAGGAAGAACUGGUUAUCCAGUGUACAGCUAGGCUUUUGACAUGCACAAAGAAAGAUCUUUGUAAUAUCGAUGGAAGUUUUGGAUACCUUUCCAUUUUGAAUUCUUGUCUGAAAACAGGAAGCAUUGAUGGUAGAGAGAAACUUUAUGGAAUACUAAAAAUUAUAAUGUCAUGGAAGAGUGAUCAUGAAGAUAUCUUUCUUUUUAGCUGCAGUUUGAAAGAAGCAAGUCCUCAACUACUUGGUUUGAAUAUAGAAAUAAUCCACUUACUUUCCAUAUUAUUGAAGUAUUCUUCAUCUCUUUUAGUGGAUAGUGACUGGGACUUCAUCAUGUGUUCAAUGUUGGCUUGGUUAGAGACGACAAGUGAAAAUCAUGCCCUGUAUCCCGUCCCACUUGUACAGCUGUUUGCCUGUGUUAGCUGUGAUUUGGCCUGCACGCUGAGUGCUUACUUUAGUUCUAUAAGCAGCAAUCUUCCUGUAAACCUAAUCAGUGAAUGGCAUGACUUUUUUUCUGAAGGCAUACACAAUUUACUUUUACCCCUUUUGGUGAAGAUUACAGAAGAAAGCAAAGAUACAUCAGAAACAUCUUUUCAGAAUUCAGUGCUGAUACCUUUGGGCGAAACUCUAACAUACAUCUCAAAGGAUCAACUGCUCAAUCACAAACUCUCCGUUAGAUUAACUUCUGACCAAAAGACAAACCUUCCGGAAAGGCUCCAGACUUUGUUAAAUACACUAGCCCCAUUACUUCACUUCAGAGCUAGACCUGUGCAAAUUGCAGUUUAUCAUAUGUUAUAUAAGUUGAUGCCUGAAUUGCCAAAGUUUGAUGAUGAUGAUCUUAAGUCUUAUGUUGAUGAAGAAGAAGAACCUGCUUUGUCACCACCUGCAGCUUUGAUGACUGUCCUUGGAAUCCUGGAAGAUUUAUUAGAAAACAUCUUGGAGUGCUUCCCUGUUGGAGAGUGUGUCGUUAUUCAGCCAUUAAGUGAGGAGUUCUGCUACGUUUUGGGGUACCUCCUCACGUGGAAAUUAAUACUUACCUUUUUCAAAGCAUCUACGUCUCAGCUUCGAGCCCUUUAUUCGUUGUAUCUUAGAAGAACAAAGAGUUUGAAUAAGCUGCUCUACCAUCUGUUCAGGCUAAUGCCACAAGUACCCACCUAUGUAGGGCCAGCUGUUGAGCACCCAAAUAAGGAGAUGAAAACGUUCUUCACAGAAGAGCUCCAUCUGCACGUUAGAGAGACAGCAACCCUUUCAUCACAGAUUCCCCACUUGGCUUGUUCUGUCUAUCAAAUCACACUAAAAGAUUUGCCAGCCAUGGUUAGACUUUGGUGGAAUAGCUGUGAGAAGCGUGUUUUCAAUGUGGUAGAUAAAUUUACAAGCAAGUACGUGAGCAAUAUGCUUUCUUUUCAAGAAAUAUCUUCUGUGCAAACAAGUACACAGCUAUUUAAUGGCAUGACGGUAAAAGCUCGCUCUACCACACGAGAAGUCAUCGCUACUUACUCAGUGGACGACAUAUUCAUCGAACUUAUUAUUCAGCUCCCUUUGAACUACCCUCUGGGCUCGAUAACCGUGGAAAGUGGGAAAAGAGUUGGAGUGGCCGUUCAGCAGUGGCGAAACUGGAUGCUGCAGUUAAGCACGUACCUCACUCAUCAGAAUGGAAGCAUUAUGGAAGGGUUAGCCUUGUGGAAAAAUAACGUGGACAAACGUUUCGAAGGUGUCGAAGACUGCAUGAUUUGUUUCUCAGUCAUUCAUGGUUUCAACUAUUCUCUUCCCAAGAAAGCUUGCAGAACAUGCAAGAAAAAAUUCCAUUCAGCCUGUUUGUACAAAUGGUUUACAUCUAGCAACAAAUCUACCUGUCCACUGUGCCGGGAAACAUUUUUCUGAGAGAGACUAUUUCAUUCAGAAACUACUGAAGUUAAACCAGGUUGCUCUAUCAUUCUCAUCAAACAUUUUAAAUGCUGAAGAAGCCAUUUUCAUACGAUUAUUUCUGAAUAGGAUCAACCAGAAAAUUCCAUUGUUUAUACGAUGAUCCUAGAAUCAGGUUUACUUGCCUUUAUAUUGUUUUGUAAAGCAUUUGGAAGCUUUUCCUUGGCAAAAAAUAUUGGCAAAUUUACAAUGUAAAAACUCAAGUUUAUUUUAAUGUGCAUAUUAAAAAAUAAAUAUGAAAAUAACAAAACAACAGAA